GCAAGUGACAGACCGAGACAAGGAGUCCUUUGAGAAUAGGGCCCAUAAUCACCACCUGGCACAGGGCCUAGCACACAACAGAUGUAAAAUAUUUGCCGACUUAAUUAUUCGUUACAUUAAAAAACAAAAUCUCCAUGGAACACUUAAUGAUCAGGCCAGGCAGUUCUACGGUUGGGCUGUCUAGGUAUGAUCCUGUCCACAGAUGGAGAAUGUGUUGGAAUCAGUCUCAAAUCUCUCUGACCACCAGAGUCAACUGGGAAGCCUUAAAUACAGAUUCCUGGACCCAACUUUGGAAUCACUGCAUUAGAAUCUCUAGGGGCAGAAGCUGAGAAUCUGUCUUCAGACACGUUCUAAAGGUUAUUGUGAGGCAGUUGGCCUGGCUGUAGCCUUGGUAGUGUGAGUCCUAGGAUUAAGUGCCUUCUAGAACUUUCUUCUGACCAAGAAAUGCCUUGAGAAACCAUGGCUUUACUAUGAUUAAAGGUAGUAACAUCCCCCUGGGAAUUUGGAAGAUGUCUCUCAAGUUUUGCAUUCUCUACGAAGUCUUCCCACCUCAAACCACAGCCUGUUGAAGUGGAAGGAACCACAGAGGCCAGGAAGUCUUUAGCUGAGUUAAAGCCUGGGAGCAUAUGAGCAAUGGCUGACACACAGAUAAAGCUGAAGGUUCAAACAAGUGGUGGAAGGAGUGUGGAAAUUAAUCUUGCAGAAGUGGUUCUCUGUGCGAGAAACAUCGGCCUGACCACCUGACUUUCUGAUCACAUUCUGCUGGGAAAAAGUCCAAGGAACAUCACUAUCACACUCUGCUGGAAAAAGGACCAAGUCAUCUCAUCAUGGGAACAUCUUAUCAAUAGCCUGUUGGGCAGCAAGCCAUACUGCCCAGACCCCUCCCUUCCAUACCUCUCCGGCAAGGAUCACCCCCAUUGCAGAACAUCACGUCCAACACCAGUCUCCAAUUAGUGGGCAAAGGCCCAAGGAACACCAUGAUGACAUCCCACCAGAAAAAGGGCCAAACCGCCUAACCAUGGCACAUCUUAUUGAUAUCCUGCCGGGCAGCAAGCCAUACAAUCCAGAUUUCUCCCAGCCAUACCUGGGUCUCCUGUGUCUGGGAUUUCAUAUAUGGCUGGCUGGUAUUCCCAAGGGUCCAGUGUCAUUUGAGGAUGUGGCUGUGGAUUUCACCCAGGAGGAGUGGCAGCAACUGGACUAUGCUCAGAGGACCCUGUACAGGGAUGUGAUGCUGGAGAUCUAUAGCCACCUGGUCUCAAUGGGAUAUCCAGUUUCCAAACCAGAUGUCAUCUCCAAGGUGGAACAAGAAGAGCCAUGGAUCAUAAAGAGAUACAUACCAAAUUGGAUCUAUCCAGCUCACAUACAGAGAAGACCAGAGGGUGGAGACAGAAGGGGCAGCACAGUAAUGUACAAGAAGCUGCAGCUGUUAAUGGAGUGACAUUAGGCAAGUUAAUUAACACUUCUAAACCUCAUUUUCUCUUUUAUAAAAUAAAAUCUA